AUGGUCGCUCCUGCAAUCCGGGUCGCCCCGUCGGCUGCCAACCGCGCGCUGAAUCUACUGCGCACGGUGCAGUACACCCACCCACCUAACUGCCCCUGCCACUCCAAUCCCAAUCACCACCAUCACCAUAAGACUCCUUCAAUGAUGAACAAUGUUCGCCGUCAUCUGGCGACCCCGGUGGAUCCCUCUCGUCAGAAAGAGUAUGCUUUUGAAAUGGCGGCGUCGAGUAUUCGGUUCGGACCUGGCUCCACCAAGGAAGUCGGCAUGGAUUUCACAAAUAUGGGUGCCAAGCGGGUUUGCAUUGUGACUGACUCCAAUGUGACCAAACUUGAUGCCAUGAAGCAGGCUGUUGAGGGUUUGACCCGGGAGGGUAUCCAAUUUACCAUCUUUGACAAGGUCCGGACGGAGCCCAAGGACAGCUCUAUCAGGGAGGCUAUUGCAUUUGCAAAGCCGUACAAGCCUGACGCCUUCCUUGCUGUCGGUGGUGGAUCCGUCAUUGACACCGCCAAACUCAUGAAUCUAUAUACGGUUUUCCCGGAAGCUGACUUCCUGGACUUCGUCAACGCCCCACUGGGCAAGGGUCUCCCAGUCACCAAGCCGCUUCUCCCUCUCGUAGCCGUGCCCACCACCGCAGGUACAGGUUCCGAGACAACCGGAACAGCCAUUUUCGACCUGGUCGAGAAGAAAGCCAAAACAGGUAUCGCGCAUCGCGCCCUCAAGCCCACCCUGGGAAUCUGUGACCCCCUCAACACUCGCACAAUGCCUUCAGCUGUCCAUGCUGCAUCCGGCCUCGACGUGCUCUGUCACUCACUAGAGUCAUGGACUGCGAUCCCAUACAACGAGCGUACCCCACGCCCUACAAACCCCAUCAACCGUCCUGCUUACCAGGGUGCGAACCCCAUUUCCGAUAUCUUCUCCUUGGAGGCCCUCCGCAGCACGGUCAAGUACCUCCCCCGCGCCGUGCGGGAUCCUGAUGAUCACGAGGCACAAUCGCAGAUGCUUCUCGCAGCGACCCUUGCUGGUGUUGGAUUCGGUAACGCAGGUGUCCACCUGUGUCACGGCAUGAGCUACCCUAUCUCGAGCCAGAAUCCUGGCUACAAGCACAAUGGUUACCAGGUUGAUCACCCCAUUAUCCCGCAUGGUGUGUCUGUUGCAGUCACAGCGCCCGCCGUUUUCAAGUUCACCGCUGCGUCAAAUCCGGACCGCCACUUGGCGGCUGCUGCGGCCUUUGGCGUGGACAUCUCGAAUGUGAAGCGUGAGAGCGCGGGUGAGGUGCUUGGUGCUGCGAUUGCCGAGUUCUUAGUUAAGCUGGGAGACCAGCCGCGUGGUUUGAAGGAUUUGGGAUUCAAAGCUUCGGAUGUCGAGGGCUUGGUCGAGGGCACUAUCCCGCAAAAGCGAGUAUUGAUGCUGGCACCGAAUUUGAGUGGGGAACUCGAGGCUGAGAGGAGCGAGCUGAGGCGUCUCCUGGAGGAAUCUAUGGACUACUAG